UGGAUAGCCUCAAAGAUCUAGGGAAUCAUUUCCAGCUGACAUUGUCUUGUUACUGAUAUACAUCAUCUUUGUUUUUGAUUGGAAAGCUGUAUGUCAUAACUUUCUAACCAGAAAAUCUACACAUCUCAACCAUAUUUUAUUGGCAGAGAUUUCUUUGGAUGAAGAGCAGUGGAAUGACGGACUACUAGCUACAAUCCGUGAAAAAGUCCAUAUGGAAGCAGAGAGAAAAGCAAUGUCUAAUGAAACAUGUACACCAUUGGAUCCAUUGAUUCAUGCCAAAAUAACAUACAAAAUGAAGAAUAAGGUAAUCUGUUGUCUAGAAGGUGCAAGAAUUGGAAUACAAUUUGAGACUUAUUUUGCAGGAGAACCCUGUGAAACUUACCAUUGUGUGCUUGAAAGCAAAUCGUUUCUUGAAAAGAUGUCUGUAAUUGAGCACACGGUUCCUUUCUUCCUCCCAAUACGUGAAGCGGAAAAUGACCUUCUCUCUUCUAAUGCCAUUAAAUUUGUAGAUUAUGUUGGAGAAAUUUUGCAAUCAUACGUGGACAGGAGAGAACAGGUUCGUCUUAUCAAGGAGCUUUAUGGGAAUCAGAUAGGGGAACUAUUUCAUAGCCUUUCCUACAACUUGAUUGAAUUUGUAUUGGAGGACUUCGAUUGUAAGGUGACUGUUAGUCUUAGGUAUGCAGAUCUCAUUUCUAUACUACCUAGUCGUAUACGGGUUUUGGCAUGGCCUGUACACCCUUCGAAGAAGACCUUAGCAGAUGAGAAAAAAGGAGGUGCACAAUCUAUUCCAUCUCGUCUUCCUUAUGCCGAAGAUGCUCUCAGAACCAUGAGCUUGCCUGAAGCUUAUGCAGAGAUUGUACUGAACCUUCCCCAUGUGCUGCAACAAACAUUCCCUCACCUUGCAAGUUCUUAAUUUUCUGCAAGAACUUCCAUCUGUAACAGUGUUGAAGUUUCACAGUUAUCUCUAUCAUGACCACUUACAAGCAACUCUCAAAAACCCUAUGGCCCAACAGAGGAAUACGCAACUUGUUUGCUUCAUCUCACAAACUAACACAUGGUUCCCAUAUAUGUUCAACUCAAGAAUCUGUAAGCACUGUUUCAUCUCAUCUCCUGUCCUGUAUAAAUAUCUUCAUAUUAUAUAUUUUCAAUAUUCUUUAGUUGAAGUUAGAUCAUGUAUUUGCUAGACUUCUCUCCCUACUACUACAAAAGUCAUGUUACUGACUUCAAAUAACUUUCAGACUGCUAGAUGUUAAUUGAAGGAUAUGUUUUUCACUCAUUCUGUAAGCAUUGUUCCUAUGUCAUCUUCUGUCUAUGUAAAUAUUGUCCUAUUACUUAUUUUUCAAUAUUCUAUCAAAGCUACAUUGCUCACCUUAAUAUUGUUAUUGUGUGAUGUCAGCAUUAUGUUUACACAGCCAGAAAGAAAUCAAUUUCAUGGAUUGGUGCAAUUUCCAAAAAACAGCCUGCAAACAAUUCUAUGGAUUAGCACAGGUCCCAUGCAUUGUCAAUACUCCUUCCCUUGCUUAAGUUGAGUUGAAUGUAAGAGCAUACCAGCGGAAAUUGAAACCACGGGUUCGAUUUAUAAGGAAUCGUAUUUGGGAAGUAGGGGGCUGCUUAGAAACUGUGCUGACUCAUGGAAUUGGUUUCCUUGAUGUCUGUGUACAGACGUUAAAGUUAUGUUCGAGUGACCUACAGACUGCUAGAUGUUAAUUGAAGGAUCUGCUCAUUGAACAGGAUGCAUUUCACAUUAUUAUCACGAGUGGACACUGGCAUGGUCCUGGAGUUAAAAGCAUUAUUCUAUUUUAGAAUAAGAUUUAUGAAAUUGCGAUUGCAGUUGUUA